AUGGGGGAAUCAAGUAAAGUAAACGUAACUGUUAGAAAUAAACUUGAGAAAAGAAAUUCAUCUUUAAGAAAUAUAUCGUAUUCCGAUUCGGAUAGUAGUAAUAUAAACUUAAUGCCGGAAACAUCUCCAAGAAGUUUACCUGAUACUACCCUACUAGAAAAUUCACAAAUUAUUGAUUUUAAAAAUGAAAUUGAUCAAUUAACUCUGCAACUGACCAGUGCACAUAAUAAAAUUAUGGAGUUAAACUUAGAAAAUACAAAUUUAAGAAAAACCCUAGAACAGUACCAGAAAAAAGAACGUGUUUACAAGAAACUACUCGACAGUCCACUCAAACACGGCGCUAUUCCUAAAUCCUGCAAAAAAAAAAAGCCUAAGGAAGACAUCUCUAGUAUUAACCAAAAUUCAAUAUUUAAAACAGUUCUUUCUGAACAUCCCAGUUCUGAUCUUACUGUCCAAGAGAAGCAUGAAUGUUCAUUAAAAUCAAAAGAAAAAACUAUAACUAUCAAAACUAAAGUCAAAGACAAAAAUCAAAUUCUUAUUGUUGGUGACCAGCAAGCUUUAGGAAUGGCUUCAGCUUUAAUGAAAAUUCGGUCAAGUUAUAAAAAUCCCCGUCAAUAUAACAUAUCAGCAUUUACAUAUCCUGACACUCCUACAGAUGUUAUUUUAAAAAAAACCACUACAAAAUGA